AUGUUGCGCCUUCUAUUCCUCGCGUUUCGUGUCCUCACUGUGCUCGCUGAGGACAGCAUCAUCAUCCCGGCGACCAUUACGGCCGGCGUCGAGUUUCCCGUGUCCAUCAUCUUCGACUUUAGCCAGCCUGGCCCAGCGUACAGACCUUGGAAGAAUUGGCGCCUGUAUCUUGGAGAUGACAAAGAGUACGGGCACUUGUACCCAAUUUGCAAGUUUGAUGCUUUUCCUCUCCCCUCCCUGGGCUUGGGUGAUGGUGCAGCGGAAGACAGAUGUAUUGAUGUGGAGCCUCUAGGGCAGUCAUGGUAUCUAGGGAGCGACCACAUACCCCUUAAUGUAACGUCGGCAAACGUAAUCAUACCAAAAGAUGCAGGGCCAGACGGGAAUACAUAUCAAGUCCAAAUGCACACAACCAACGACACGUUCCUACCAGCCGGUCUUGGCUGGUCGGAACACUUUGAGCUAGAUGGCAGCGAUGUCAAGGCAUGGUCACCGCAAGAGCAAAUGGGUCCCGAAUCAAUUUGGGAUGCGAUACCGUGUUCUGCUAUGCAAUGCAAUCGAAAAUGCAAGGAGCGGUGGUUUGCGACGUCAACUGGGCUAGGCUGGACGAACCAGGACUAUUGCGAGUGCGUGGCCGGAUGUUCUGGCGUUGUAACCGAAAAUCCAUACUAUGGGGGCGGUGAUGGAUGUGGUUGGGAGUGGAGAUGGAUGAAAUCCACCUCCAUUCCAUUUUCUGAUACGGCAACGGAGGAAACGACGACCACAGACACCGCGCAAUCCCGCGGCCGCUCUAGUAUUCGCACAAGUAGCGAAAUCCCUUCGCGACCCACCACUGCAAUAACCCCAGGACCCGCUUCCGUCGUAAUGACGACUGCUAUCCCCCCUAGUUCAAUGUCUGAGGGUACCCGACUUGGGGCUGCAUCUGCUAUACCGCCCGUUGCCCUCGCUAUACUGCUUUUUCUGACAUAG